UCAAGUUUUCUUCAUCCAUUUUCUCUUUCCCACUUCCCUAAUCUUAAAUGCUCUCCACCUUCCUAUAUAUUCAUCUCUUUACACCUUCAUAACACCCAAAACCAAGCCCUAAGAGUGAUCAUACAAAGUCACAAUAAUCCAAAAAAAAUAAUAUGAACAGAAAACUAGCAAAAACUUUCCUAUUUCUUACACUUCUCAUAUUCUCAACCCUAAGUCGAGCAGCCCGAUCCGACCCGAAACCUAAAGGAACCAAGUCCAAAGGUGGCAGUGGUAGUGGUGGUGGUGGUUUAGGAGGAGGUAACUUUUUUGGACCCGGUGGCGGGUUUGGAAUACCCGGGUUUAAUGACCCGGGUAUAUCCGGAGGCGGGUAUGGAUAUGGAUUUGGUACACCAAGUGGUGGUCAUGGUAAAAGUGGGACCAUAAGGUCUAGUAUGGUAUGUAAGGAAAAAGGGCCAUGUUAUAACAAAAAGUUGAUAUGUCCUGCUAAGUGUUUUUACUCAUUUAGUAGGUCCGGCAAAGGUUAUGGUGGUGGAGGUGGUGGUGGUGGUUGCACCAUGGAUUGUAAGAAGAAAUGCGUUGCUUAUUGUUAAAGUUUUAGAUAAUAUAGUAAUUUGGUAAUUUGAUCAACUACUAUUACUAUAUAUAUAUAUAUAUAGUAUGUGGAUGUUGAUUAGAGUGGUGUAAUGCAACUUAAGGUUAAAACUUUGUUUUGAAUUCUA